AUGGAUUCGCUGGGAAACCAUCAAGGAGGUCAUAACAUCAACGAUUUUGAGUUGCAAGACUUCAUAGAUGAUGCAAACUUUGGUCAAUUCAUUGAUAUUAUUCGCGGUGACGGUGAAGAUCCAGCGGCUAAUUUUGAUCCUGACCUUAUGAUGAAUGGCUGCUUUGAUGAUUAUAACCUGUUUGGUCAAGCUGGUUCUACUACUCCACCAGUUCUUAUGUUUGGUUUUAAUGAUGCAAUUGUACCCGAUCCAACUACUUCUUUGUUUGCUACAUCACCAAAUUUUGAUGGAGAAAUGAAAGGCGGGGAAGAAGAGUACUAUAAUGACGGGGAAGAUUCGUCUGGAACAACCACAACCAUGACAACAACGAAGAGGCAAAAGGUUGACCGGUCGCGGACUUUGGUGUCGGAGAGGAAGAGGAGGGGGAGCAUGAAGGAAAGGCUAUAUGCAUUGCGGUCUUUAGUUCCUAACAUAACCAAGAUGGAUAAGGCCUCCAUUGUUGGAGAUUCUGUAUUGUAUGUACAAGACUUGCAACAGCAGGCUAAGAAGUUGAAAGCUGAGAUUGCAAGCCUUGAAGCAUCCUUAGCCGGAGCAGAUGAUCGAGACGGACAUCUGGAAGGAUCAACCAAACCUAAUAAAGAUUCAAACAAUGACCAGUUCGUUUCUAAGGGCAUCCUUCAGAUAGACGUGUCUCAAGUGGAGGAAAAAGGGUUUUAUGUGAAGGUGGCAUGCAACAAGGGAGGAGGAGUAGCCAUAUCACUUUACAAGGCACUUGAAUCCCUAACAAGCUUCGAUGUUCAAAGUUCUAACUUGAACACAGUUUCAGCUGACAGAUUUGAAAUCACAUUUGCUUUGAAUGUAAAGAAAUGCGAGCAGGACGUCGUCAACCUGCCAAAUUUGAAACUUUGGGUCACGGGUGCUUUUCUUAAUCAAGGUUUUAAAUUGGCUUCUGGAUUCUCAGCCUAAUCUCUCUCAUAUGCAUGUAUGUUGUAAUCUGAGUAUUUAAAUUAACCCAAGUUUCCAUAUAAAGCAGAAUGUAACAAAAAGGUCUAGUUAUAUAAGUUUCUACUU